UAAGGGCCGCUCGGCCCCCUCCUCGCACGGAAGGUAUAUAAACAAUCAGCCAUGCGCGAUAAGUAACACCUUGCGGGCUCUCCCAGUGAAUGGUCGUAAUGCCUCGAUUGCCCCUUUGCUGGACAUUGCUGUCAUUUGCUGUUCUGCUUCUCUCGCACGCGACACUGGCAAGUCGACCGUCAGUUCUUUCGACUGAGGUGCUUGAACAUCGUGCUGCAUUUCCCGAUCUGUACGAGGCUUCCGUUGAGGAGUUACAGGCUGGCUUGCAAUCUGGUACAUUCACGAGCGUCGAUCUCGUCAAGGCCUACUUUGCUCGUAUCGCAGAAGUCAAUCUACAAGGCCCACAACUUCGUGCCAUCAUUGAGACCAACCCUUCAGCCCUAGAGCAAGCUGCUGCUCUCGAUACAGAACGGUUGAUUACAGGGCCGCGUAGCAUGUUGCAUGGCAUUCCGGUUCUAGUAAAGGACAAUAUCGCCACUCUUGAUGAAGAAGGAAUGAACACUACUGCUGGGUCCUACAGCCUGUUAAAGUCAGUGGUUCCCGGUGACGCUGGGGUCGUCAAAAGACUACGUUCGGCUGGUGCUAUUAUUCUAGGUAAGGCCAACCUAUCCGAGUUUGCGCACUACCGAGGCAACCUCGCGUCCGGAUGGUCGGGUCGCGGCGGCCAGUGUACAAAUGCUUACUUCCCUCAUGCCGAUCCGUGCGGAUCCUCCUCAGGUUCCGCUGUGGCUGCAUCCAUCGGACUGGCCGCAGUGACAUUAGGAACCGAGACGGACGGCAGCAUCAUCUGUCCCGCCAAUCAAAACAACCUGGCUGGUAUCAAGCCCACGGUAGGCGUGACCUCUCGUGCUGGUGUGAUCCCCAUCUCGGAGCACCAAGACACCGUGGGCCCGCUGACGCGUUCAAUCUCCGACGCGGCCAUCGUGCUCUCGAUUAUCGCGGGGCCCGAUCCGAACGACAACUUCACGCUCGCACAGCCGUACCCCGUACCCGACUACGUGAAUGCGCUCGACCGGAACGCACUCGCGGGCAAGCGAAUCGGCGUCCCGCGUGCGGUUUUCCUCAACGACACGAUCACUGGGAAUGACCCGUAUGUGAACAUGCUGUUCGAGCAGGCACUGGUGACGAUAGCCAGUUUGGGCGCAAAUAUUGUGGACCCUGCGGACCUGCCGUCCUCUGAAGCGAUUGUGGCGUCGAACAAUGAGACACUCGUGCUCGAUGUCGACUUUAAGAUCCAACUGAACGAGUGGUAUGCUUCAUUGCUGGAGAAUCCGUCCGGUGUGCGGUCGCUUGCGGAGCUGAUCCAAUUCGACAAUGAUUACCCGGGAUUGGAGGAGCCUAUCGGCUAUACAAGCCAGUCUAUACUCAUCGAAUCAGAGACAACAAAUGGAUUCAACUCGACUUAUUAUGCUGCCCUCGCGUACGACAAGGAGAUGGGUGCUAUAAACGGGAUUGAUGCUGCCCUGCAGAUGUACGAAUUGGAUGCCUUGGUCCUUCCUGCUCCUGGGUAUACGACAACACCGGCAGCAAUUGCGGGUUAUCCUAUUGUGACAGUACCGAUGGGCUUCUACCCCGAGAACGUCACGAUUGGCCUGGCUGGGCCGGAGACCGUGUACCCAGCGCCGGGCGUACCGAUUGGUCUCUGCUUCCUAGGCACAGCGUACAGCGAGUUUGACCUCAUCUCGCUUGCGUACGCGUACGAACAGCAUACUCAUACUAGAUUGGCGAGGCGGGCAUAUGCAGAGGCAGUUCCGACGACGCAGUUGUGGGAUGUGAUUUAUGGGAGUGCAGCUUGAGCUAAGAUAAAAUAUAUUUCAGUGCGGGG